GUGAAGGGUUCAACUGGGAGUCCGCAGGCAGCCUCUGCUCUCUGUCCACUGCGUUCGGCGGAAAGCGUCGGACUCCUGCGCCUUUUUCCCGGAGCUCUGUUUGACUUGGUUUUUUUCUUCCUCCGCUCACCUCGGACCGGGGCCGCGGCGGCAUCGCGCGAACCGAACGGACAAACGACAACAACUCCAGACAAAUAGACCCAUCGCCGCCCCGAGCAGCGGGACCUCGCCAUCCCCCUGCGCGCUCCCACCCAGAUAAAAUAACACGAGGAGCAUGUGUGGGUGUUAAGAGUCAUCUGCUUGGUUUGACCACCCCUGAACGCGGAGCCGCCGUCUGCCUUACCCCUGACCGUCCACUUGUCCAGUGAGGCUCUCUCUCCCCGCCAUGUCUGCAGAGGUGGCGAGCAGCGCGCCCGUCCCUGCCGAGCCCGGCGUCUCCUCCCCGUCCACAGGCUCAACCUCCAACACCCCCCCGGCCUCCCCUGCAACAGCCACAUCCAAGGUGCCGUUCAAGAAGGAGAAGAAGAAAGUUCCAGAGAAGACAGAUGAGUACCUGCUGGGCAGGUUUCAAGGGGAUGGAGUGAGGUACAAGGCCAAACUGAUUGGCGUCGAUGAUGUUCAGGAGGCCCGGGGAGACAAGAUGUGCCAGGACUCCAUGAUGAAGCUUAAGGGCAUGGCAGUAGCUGCUCGGUCCCAAGGCAAGCACAAACAGAGGAUCUGGGUCAACAUUUCCAUGUCGGGGAUCAAGAUCAUUGACGAGAAGUCGGGAGUGAUCGAACACGAGCACGUGGUGAAUAAGAUCUCCUUCAUCGCCAGAGAUGUGACGGACAACAGGGCGUUUGGAUAUGUGUGCGGCGCAGAGGGACAGCAUCAGUUCUUUGCCAUCAAGACUGCACAACAGGCAGAGCCCCUGGUCAUUGAUCUGAAAGAUCUCUUCCAGGUGAUCUUCAACACGAGGAAGAAGGAGGCAGAGGCCUUGCAGAAGGGUGAAAAUGGCAGUGUGGUAGUUGAGAAUGGAAAUGAUGCCUUGUUAAAUAUGGACAGUGACGUGAAAACCACCCAACCAGUGGAGCAGCUUGACCUUUUUGGAGCCAUGUCAACCCCCCCAGACAUCCAGGCUCCAAAUGACUCAAAUGAUAUUCUCUUGCUGGACUUUUCCGCCGAAGUUGACAGCAAUCAGAAUUGCAUUAAGGGAAACUCCUUUCUUACUUCCUGUGCCCCUGACCCUAGGGAGUCUCCUCAGACAGAGAAUCCCUUUUCCUCGCCGUUUGGUUACUUUCCAACCCCAGACAAUGACCCUUUCAGAGAUGACCCCCUUUCUAAAUCACCCGACAAUUCACAGAUAUUCCUCACCACCGGUCAACUAAGCACCACUGCUGGCAGCACUAACAAGAUAAUCAUGAACGGUAGUUUCAAUGGAAACUCUGAACACUUUGGUCAGCAGAUGAACGGGUUAACCAGCAAGACCAUGAUCCUUGCUCUCAGUAACGGACAGUGGCCACUAGGUGGCAAAAUAACUCAAGGCAGCACAACUACCAUGAUGGACGGAAAUGAUUCUGGACCUGUUCUCUCAACCAAAAACCCCUUUUUUGACUCGCCUUCGAACACUUCACCCGUCGCUAACGGCAUAGCUCAUCACCCACAACCCCCUGCGACUCAUAGCAGGGAUUCAGUUGUCAUAAACCCCCCUCCGCAGAGCUCUAAGGCUGGACGAGGUCGAAGGAGUGCAAAGUCUGCAUCAAGUGACCUGUUUGGAGGAGAGCUGUUUGCUGCUCCUGGUCCAUCUGAGGGUUCAUCUGCUCCAAGUGACUUUUUCAGCUGCACACCUGCCAACUCGGCUCCCUCCUCUUUAGCAGCUCUGGGGAAUCUUCAGCUCAGUCCUCCACCUACCACAAGUAUCCCUGCUGCAGGCAUGUGGGGAGCCCCCACCGCUGCACCAUCCAUGUUUCCUAUGCCUGGAAUGACAGCUCCAGGCCCUGGGCCCAACUUCCCACAGCCAUCUGCCUUUGGUGGUUUACCCAUACCACCCGCAGCCUGGGGCCAGCAGGUGCCACCACAGUUUGGCGUCCCGCCCCACGCCUGGGGCCAGCCUCCACCAGCUGGGCCACUUGGUGCUCCAGGAUGGGGCCAGCCCGCAAUGACCAAUCCUUUCCACGCAGGCGCAUUCUUGGCAAUGGGUGACCAUCAAGGUCCGUCACGUCCCCCUCCUAGGCCGCCUGCUAAAGAGGCCCCUCCAAAGGUAGAGAACAGUGCCUUCACAGCAUUGGACCCACUUGGAGAAAAAGAGAAGAAGACCGGAAAGGACAUGUUCAAAGACUUCCAGCUUGCCAAGCCUCCGGCCAUCCCAGCCAGGAAAGGAGAGCUCGGGUCCAACUCUGCUCCGACCUCCAGCGGCUGUGAAGCGGUGGCAUUUGAUCAGUACUUUUCCAGUAAAGUGGGCCUGGCUCAGGACACUGCAGAUCAUGAUGACUUUGAUAUCAAUCAAAUGUCUGCACCAAAUGAUGCCCCUAAACUUGCUCCUGUUCCAGCUGCAGCCCCAGCUCUGAGCUUUAACCCUGGUCUCCUUGAUGCCUUCACUCCUGCUCCCAUCUCAAAAAACUCAGCACCAGGCAACAUGUUUGAUGAUGCAUUUGGGGCUCCAAACUCCAGUUCAUUUGGCAUGCCACCUGUAACUAUGCAGACUGCUACUGUUGGUCAGACUUCUGGUUCAACAGCUGCUUUUGGGGAUCCUUUUGGGAACCCCUUUGCUUGAUGACGACUUUGUUCGCAAUGGAAAUAGAGUAAAUGGAGCAAACGGAAGCCUUCACAUCACAUCGUUGGGACAAUCAGCUUCAUGCCCGAGACAAUCCAGAACUAUUCUAACUCUUGUCCCCGAUGCACCCUUAUUUCUACACCUCUGAUGUUUUUGUUGUCUGUCCAAUCAGUAGUUCCCUUAUUUCUGAAGACCACUGAUCUGAGAAGUAAAUGUUAUGUCAUGAUCUGCUGAAGAAAGAAACGGGGUGUGUGUGUCUGUGUGUGAGAGAGAGAGAGAGAGAGAGAGAGAGAGAGAGAAGGCAUGUCCAAAGAGGCUCACUGCUGAUCCUAUGUGUAUUAAAGAAAUAAAAGAAUUCACCCAUAA